GCCCGCGCGGGUCCUGGCAGGGAGACACCCGCCACAGGGAGAGGAUCGUCGGCUGCCACGAGGGGCCGUUCUGGGCGGGAAAAGGUUAGAGAUGGAGUGGCUUUAGGGGAGAGGGUUUAUCCCGGCAUCCUCGGGCGUUUUCCCGCUCAGGGAAGGCGCUUUGUCAGGCGCUGCUCUCACCCCGGCCAGGACCCGGGGGCGGCGCGGCCGUGAGGGCUCCGCGGGGCCGCAGCAGCAGCAGCGCCGGGCGGUUAUCGCCUCGCCAUGGCCAAGCACCACCCGGACCUCAUCUUCUGCCGCAAGCAGGCGGGUGUCGCAAUCGGAAGACUCUGUGAAAAAUGUGACGGCAAGUGCGUGAUCUGCGACUCGUACGUGCGACCCUGCACCCUGGUGCGCAUCUGUGACGAGUGUAACUAUGGCUCCUACCAGGGCCGGUGCGUCAUCUGCGGGGGGCCCGGGGUGUCCGAUGCCUACUACUGCAAGGAGUGCACCAUCCAGGAAAAAGAUAGAGAUGGUUGCCCUAAGAUCGUCAACCUGGGCAGUUCCAAGACAGAUCUUUUCUAUGAAAGAAAAAAGUAUGGCUUCAAGAAGAGGUGAUCCUAUUUGUACGUGGCUACCUCCUGUUGGUUGGCAAGAGGGUCUUGGAACAUCUCUGGACUUCACUCUUAUUGAGAACUGGUUGAUUUUUUUUUUUUUUUCCCUAAAGCAGUACAAAUUCAGUAAUAUACUUGGGGUUGGAGAAAUAACAGACUGAGUGGGGACUGAAACCUGAUCAGAACCAAUUAUAAGAGAGGGCAAAUGAAGAUUACUGUUUCUGACCUUUGCAGAAGCUCUGCUAGUAGUUACCCCAUCUCUCUAUACAAAGCAGAGUGGGCAAGCAGUUACACAUAGAGGAGCUAUGUAAAAAUGGAAAGUGCUUUUUUUAAUGUAGAGAAGCACCUUGAGCUUGUUCUUACUGGGCCUCCUCUCAGUUAUUUGAAAUUGCCCCAUCCAUCAGUGCUGAAGAACAGAGCACCAAUCCACUUCCCUCCUCCCUUCCUCCAGUAUAUUUCCAUGCUGCCCUGUUUUGUAAGGAACCUGCUCAUGGCUGGUACCUUCCUAGGGAGAGCACAGCUGUUCUGUGUUUUCUUUGACAGAUAACUCCAAGGCUGUUUCUUGUAACCAUUCCUGUAGGAUGCAUACCAAUAAAGCUUUUCCUUUUGGGUUUUUA